AUGCUUCCAGCGGCGCUGGAAGGUUUCCACGACGCUUCCGGCGCCGCAAGAAGCAACGGCGGACUUCGCCGGACGUGCCGGACAUGUCCGGCGGAGCUUCCGGCGGCGCCGGAGGCCUCCCGCGAGGCGCCGGUGGCGGCCGGUGGCGUCCGCGCUUUCGCGCGAGUCGCGACCUCGCGCGGUAAGUACACGCAUAGUAUUUUAGUUUGUGUUCCUUUCCCCUUCCCUUCCCUUUCUCUUCCUUUGCAAAGCCUAAGGUUUUGGUGCGAAUCGAAGCGCUUCCUGCUCGCACUGCGUGAGACCAAGGAGGAGCGGGAGGCCCGGAUCCGGAGCCUCUUUGGCUUCUUCAACAAGGCAGGGCUUGGCUACCUCGAUUAUGACCAGAUCGAGACUGGCCUGUCCGGUCUCAACAUCCCCGCUGAGUACAAGUACGCUAGGGAUCUCCUUAAGGUUUGCGACUCCGACCGCGACGGGCGGGUCGAAUACCAGGAGUUCCGUAGGUACAUGGGCGACAAGGAGCUCGAGCUCUAUCAAAUCUUCCAGGCCAUCGAUGUCGAGCAUAAUUGCCCGAGGAACUCUGGGAUGCCCUCAUCGAGGCAGAGGUUGAUUUGGCUAUGGAAACAGAUAUGGAUUGUGAUAAGGGCCCUCAGAAGAUGUCAAAUGGUGCACCAUUGGAGAAGGAAACUGAUGACACACUCAUGGAGAAGGAAAUUGACAGUUUCAAGCAUGGGCGAAAAGAAGGGUGUCGACAUGGAGGAGGGAUCACUAGAGAUUGGCAUGGGUGGAUACAGGACAGUCGAGAUCAGUACACUAAGGAGCGUCUGGAUUCAGUAAUUGAUCAGUACACUAAGCGUCUGGAUUCAGUAAUUACUGUACUGUUUUGAGUAAACAGAUUGUUGGCUACUUCUUCAGUAUUCAGUAUUUAGUAUUCAGUAGCAACUUCUUCAGUAUUCAGCUUGUUGGCUAAAUAGAUUGUAGCUGUUCAAAACAGAUUUUUUGUGUUCUUUUGUUUUAUAUGUGAAUAUCACUAUCUACUUUGAAACAGAAUUAGUAUUAAUUUUCAUAUUUACUAGCU